UUAAAAAGCUCGUGAGACGCAGGACACACUUCUCUUCCUGACUGAAAUGAUGGGAGCUGUUGAGGCCUUGCUUAUUUGUGUGCUGACUUCCUGGCUUACCAAUGGCCUUUGUUUGCCAUAUGGCAGCAAAAAUGAAAUUGAAGGUAAUGUACUGAACAGAAAGAUGGGCGAGUUGUUUCCCGAUGACUUUGCCUUAAAGAAAGCCCUGGGACUCAUCCAUUCAGUGGAGAGUGUGUUGAAGGAACAUGUUAAAGAAGUUCUCCUGGAAACCAACGAAGUGGAAGCUGAGGUAUUGGUCGGACUGAAACCUGAGGAGAAUCGGUGCCCCCCUUGCGCAGUAGGGGUCGACGUGACGCUGGACGGGGCAGUGCCAGGCAACGUGACGCUGGACGGCUCGGCAAGGGGCAACGUGACGCUGGACGGCUCGGCAGGGGGCAACGUGACGCUGGACGGCUCGGCAGGGGGCAACGUGACGCUGGACGGCUCGGCAGGGGUCAACGUGACGCUGGACGGGGCAGUGCAGGGCAACGUGACGCUGGACGGCUCGUCAGCAGCAAACGUGACGCUGGACGGGGCAGUGCAGGGAAACGUGACGCUGGACGGCUCGUCAGCAGCAGGUGGCAACAUGCGCAUAAAACGCAGUAAGGAACCUGUUGAAGUCAUAGAAAGACAAUCUGCAGUCAGAGGAGGAAGUGAGGACAAUUUUAGGUUUCGGAAACAUUAUCAGGUUCCCUCACGCUAGCGAAGAGUUAAUUAUUAAAAGCGGAGAACUGGUUUUAGUAACAAUGCAAAAGCUCAUUGUGUAUCUGAUGGCCCUUUUCUGCUGAUGGUGGCAGAAGAGUGGAAUAAGAUGUUUCUGUCUCGACUUUGAAUAAAACCCUUAAAACUG